CCAUGAGAUCAAGAAGAAAUUCAAAGUUCCCUGCAAAUGAUAUUUCAAAAGAUAAUAUCUUAGGUAGCAGUCGUAAACCAUCUCCUCCUAAAAUUUAUAUGAAUUCUUCUAAUGUGAAUCAAAUGCCAUUAGAUAGCAGUUUCUAAAGAAAAGGAAGGAGUACUCCUAAAGACUGUCUCGGAUUAGUAAAUCCUUAUUAAUGUAAGAAUGUAAACAAUAAUUAGAGAAGUUGUUAUUACCAAAUAGAGAUACAUCAAGAAUGUCUAACAAAAGUGGAAGAAUUAAUUUUGAGUCAGAGGUAUGUGGAAAUGAAUGAUAAUUAGUAAAGAGUCCUAAUUUGAUAAUUUAGCCAAAACCAGAGGAAAACAUGGAAAUAGAGUGUUAAUCACCAAUAAAAUAAUAUAGUGGUUUAAAGCAAAUUUUCUUUAGUAAUUCUGGAGUUUAAUAAAAAUAACCUACAAGAAGGGUUAUAAAAGAUGCUUCUCUUAAUAAUAGUUAAUUGAAAUAAAAGGAAUCAUAAGAUUUAUUAAAGGCAUCUGAAAAAUAAAGAGCAAAUAAACUAAGAAAAGCAAAUUAUCAUUAAUAAUAAGAUGGAGAUUCUUAAUGUCAAGUUUAUGAAUUUAAUCGAGAAUUAAAAGCAUUGAGAGUAAAAAGAACUGAAUCAUUUGAAUGGUUAUAAGAGGAGUCUUAGGUUUCAGAUGAAUCUCAAUUUAAUCAAUUCAAUUAAAUAAAUUUAGGAAUAUAUUAUAUGGAUAAUCUAAGGAAUUACUUAAAAGGAUUAAAUUUAGAAGGAUUGUAUGCUUAAAUGUAUAUAAAUCAUUUUGUCCAACAAUUUCAUAGUUUGUAAUUGAGCAAAUAAAUAUAGUAACCAGAAUAGAAUAAAUUAGAAGCAAAAAUGCUUCAAUUAUAAAAAAUAAGUAAUUAAAAUAAAAUACAUUAAGAAAAUUAAAAAACACUUGUUUUAGAUUUAGAUGAAACAUUAAUGCAUUGUAAUGAAUAAUAAUAAAUGAAAUUUGAUUUUAAAAUACCUAUUUAAAUGCCAAAUGGGUAAGUUCAUGAAGUAUGUUUAUAUAUAUUAUUAGGCAGGAAUAAGUGUUAGACCAUUUGCAUAAUAGUUUUUAUAAGAAUGUUCAAAACAUUUUGAAAUCAUUAUUUUUACAGCUUCUCAUUAAUUGUAUGCUGAUAAAAUAAUUGAUAAACUUGAUCCAUCUCGUAAGUGGGUAUCUCAUCGAUUGUAUAGAGAAAAUUGUAUCCAAACUCAAUAAGGGAUUUAUGUUAAAGAUCUACGGGUAAUAAAUAGGGACUUAAAAGAAAUUGUUUUAAUUGAUAAUGCAGCUUAUUCUUAUGCUUUUUAGAUUGAAAAUGGUAUACCAAUAAUACCUUAUAUUGAUAAUGCAAAAGAUAUUGUAAUAUAUAGUAAAUAUUUAAGGAAUUGUUAGGAGUAAUAGAUUACUUAAAAAUAUUAUUAUAGAUAAAUGAUGUUAGAGAAAUAAAUGUUAAAACUUUUCUCUUAAAUAAAAUUUAAUAAUGUACAAGUUUAGAUGAAGCAAUAAAACUACUUUUAGUAGUUUGA